ACUCUCUGUGAUCCUUGCCACCUUUCUCCGUAAUAUUUGCACUUGAAUCGAAAUGAGAGAUGACGGAGGAGAUUGCACCAAAUUCGUUGAUACUGGGAGUAGCAUGCCCAGAUCAAAAUUGGGUAAUAUUACGCAUUCUGAUCCUAAUAUGUCUGCCACCAUCCAUGGUGAGGUUUUUUCCAUUCGUAAUAGCAGUGCUUCAGCUGCGGCUCAUGGGUUUUUCGACCCCAACAGGUUGAGUUGUGAAGGGUCCCCUAUGACCAUGUCACCUUGGAAUAAUACGAGUGCUUUCAACAAAACUGAAUGGACUCCUUUCGAGGAGAAUGCUCCACAGAAUGGACUCAUUGGUUCUCUUGUUCGCGAAGAGGGUCAUAUUUACUCUUUGGCCGCGAUCAAGGAUAUCCUUUAUACCGGUUCAGAUAGCAAGAACAUUCGCGUGUGGAAGGAUCUCAAAGAAUUUUCUGGGUUCAAGUCCAGCAGUGGCUUGGUGAAGGCAAUUAUAAUAUUAGGGGAAAAGAUUUUCACAGGUCACCAAGACGGAAAGAUUCGUGUCUGGAAGGUCUCUCCAAAGAAUCCAAGCAUACACAAGCGCUCUGGAACUUUACCAACCUUAAAGGACAUUUUCAAAAGCUCUAUCAAGCCUAGCAAUUACGUUCAAGUUCGAAACCACCGCACUGCUCUGUGGAUCAAACAUUCUGAUGCUGUUUCUUGCUUGAGCUUUAACGAAGACCAUACACUUUUGUACUCUGCUUCCUGGGACAGAACCUUCAAGGUGUGGAGACUCUCGGACUCCAAAUGUCUAGAAUCUAUCAGCGCUCACGACGACGCUGUUAACUCCGUCGUGGCCAGCAGCGAAGCCACUGUGUUUACAGGCUCAGCUGACGGAACUGUCAAAGUGUGGAAACGGGAACAGCGGGGCAAAUCUAUCAAGCACAAUAUGCUUCAAACUUUGCUGAAACAAGACUGCGCGGUUACAGCUUUGGCCGUGAACCCCUCUGGUUCGGUGCUUUACUGUGGUUCCAGUGAUGGGGUGGUGAAUUUUUGGGAACGCGAAAAGCAAUUGUCUCAUGGUGGGGUCCUUAAGGGCCACAAGCUUGCGGUUUUGUGCCUCUCGUCUGCAGGGAAUUUGGUGUUCAGCGGUUCAGCGGAUAAGACCAUCUGUGUGUGGAGGAGGGAAGGGACUAUUCACACGUGUCUAUCUGUGCUAUCUGGGCACAAUGGGCCGGUCAAGUGCUUGGCGGUGGAAGAGGAUCGCGAGCGUUCCAAACCUGGAGAUCAACGAUGGGUUGUGUACAGUGGGAGCCUGGAUAAGUCUGUCAAGGUUUGGAGCGUAUCUGAGUUGGCCCCUGAUGUUAAUCAUAUGGCUGUGAUGCAACAGGAGCAUUAUCAACAGAUGCCCAGUUGUUCUGAUUGAUACGCCCGGCUGAGUGGGAAAAGAGAUUGCGAGUUGUGAGGAAUUUGAUUUUGUGUAAUUCUAGUGAACAUUGUGUGUCUGAUAAUUUAAUUGCUUACUACUGAGAUUGUAAAUUUACCAACUAAAGUUUGCUCUUUAAUUUUUUGUAAUUUGAUUCCAAGUGAGAAUUUGCAGGGAAAUGUGUACCAAGUGAUUUAAUAAAUAUAUUAUGUA